CUUGUCACAUCUCUCUUUCUCUCUCUUCCUUUUUUUUUUUUGGGUGCUUGGGGGAGAGAGAGAAAGAGAGAGAGACGAGUAAGUCCAUUUUUUUUCACAUGUGCCCACUGCGUCUUCUCUCCCUACACGCCACCAUCUCCACCUCCUCCUCCUCCUCCUAGCUCCGUCUUCAAUUCCCAAUUCCCCCCUAGGGUUUCUCUGUUUUUUUUGAACUUGUUGAUUCACGACCACCUGAUCUUUAAGUAGACUUCAGAUCUUUCGAUUUUGUCUUGAUUUCUUCUUUUGAGGUUGGAAAGUUUUGUUCUUUGGGCGUCACGAAGAGCCGAUGCCGGAAAUCGAUCUUAUGAGAGUCGAUCAAUGUCUUUCCGAUGUUGUUAAACCCCCUCCUGGAUUCUUCGAUUGCGGUCUUACGGUAGAUGCGGAUUCGAAGCUAGAUGAAGAAGUAGAAGAAGAAGAGGAAGAUUCGGAUUCUUUGAAGAAGAGCGUUGGUCGUUCCACUAGACGUGGUCGUCCCCCGAGGACUUCGGGUGCUAGUAGUAAAGCUUCUUCCCCUCAGGUUUCCAGGAAGAGGAGAGAAGAUGAGGAUGUUUGUUUUGUUUGCUUCGAUGGUGGUAGUCUUGUUCUCUGCGACCGUAGGGGAUGUCCAAAAGCUUAUCAUCCAGCUUGUGUUAAGCGUACUGAAGCAUUCUUUAGAUCCAGAGCUAAGUGGAAUUGUGGUUGGCAUAUAUGUACUGCUUGUCAAAAGGAUUCCUUCUACAUGUGUUAUACUUGUCCGUAUUCAGUUUGUAAGAGGUGUGUUAGAAGCUCAGAGUAUGUUGUUGUAAGGGAAAACAAAGGAUUCUGUGGAAUUUGUAUGAAGACUAUCAUGCUUAUUGAGAAUGCAGCUGAAGCUAACAAAGAAAAGGUUCAGGUUGAUUUUGAUGAUCAAGGCAGCUGGGAGUAUCUGUUUAAGAUUUACUGGGUUUCUCUUAAAGAAAAGCUAUCUUUAUCGUUAGAUGAUCUUACCAAAGCAAGAAAUCCAUGGAAAUCUUCUUCUUCUACUGUUCCUAAGAGAAGAACUAAUAGUCGGGUUCAUGAAAAGGGCGAUGGGAAUUCUCCUGGGGUUAUCAAAGUAAGACGGGCUAAAGUAAGGAAGACGGAUUCUGUUUCUGUGAGUAAAUUGGGUCCUUCUUUAGAUUCGAAUAGUUCUCUGGGUGACAGACUUCCACCAUUGACUAGUGCCACUGCAUGGGCAACAGAUGAGCUCCUGGACUUUGUGCGGUUUAUGAAACACGGUGAUAUUUCCGUCUUAUCAAAGUAUGAUGUCCAAACUCUUGUGCUGGAGCAUGUGAGAAGGAAUAAUCUACAAACCUCUCCUCAAAUAAUGUGUGACGCUAGGCUUAUGAGAUUGUUUGGAAAGGAGCGAGUGGAUCAUUUUGAAAUGUUAAAGCUUCUUGAUUCUCACUUCCUCGAUCAAGAGAGAUUUCCAGUCACAGAUACCUCAGCCGGAGGAGUCACUGAAACUAUGUCCUUCCAGGUCGAUGCUAGCAGAGGCUGUGAUAGGUUAAAUACGUCAGAACAGUACCAAGAUAGGUUUAGUGCAUCUAAACAGCAUCAAGGAGAGUCACAGCAAUUGAACAUGCACAAUUGUCAUGUUAGACCUUCCAGUUCUAAUAGCAGAAACCAUGCCGUUGUAAAACCUGAAACAUGUGCCCCUGUGUCCUAUAAGCCCAUUGAUAGCUUGGAUACAAACAUGGUAUGGUUAUAUGGAGAUCCAGAUGGGAAGAUUCAUGGACCAUUUUCCUUAUAUAACCUGCGACAGUGGAAUUCAAGCGGGCAUUUCCCACCAGAGCUGAGAAUAUGGAGGUUGGGUGAACAGCAAAACAGCUCUAUACUUUUGACUGACGCAUUAAAUGGGCAGUUCCAUAAAACUGGAUUGUUACAGAAUCAUUCUAUCCCCAAGCAGGAAGUGACAGCUAAUAUAGCUAACGAUCAACACAGGUCUGUGGCUGUUCCUAAACUAGAGAGUAGAAUACUGGAUUUCAGCCCCAACUCAGUGUGCACUGACCAGAGUGUCAUAUCUAGCAGUAACAGUGUCAUCACAAGGAGCUCGGAUGUGAGUAACAAAAGUGGAAACAAUUUUAGCCGCAACAUGCUGCCAUUAGAUUUUUCUCUUUCUAAUGAAAGGGAUAAUGUGGGUUCUGUCUCUCUCUGGAACAAAAGAAAAGUUGAAAGUCCUUUGCUUGUACAAAGUCCCAUAAGCUGUUCGCUUUCGCUCUCUACAUUACCAGGAAACUCAAACUGCUCUAUGCCACCACAUGAAAGAUGGAAUGCUGGUCAGACAGAUCCAAAUGGAAACAAUGCAGCAAUGAAUGCUUGCAAUCAAAACAGUAGUCUUAGCGGCUCAGCUGAGAAACAAGUCACGGCGACAGUCCAGUCAUGCGGACAGAACUGGAAUGCUGCAACUCCAAGCAGUGCUUCAAAUGUGUGGGAUUCUAACACGGGUUUGGCGUCUUUCCCAGACAAUCAAGAAAUAGACUUCUUAGAUCUCUUUAGUCCAACUUUCAAAUUCAACUUUGCAUCUACUUCCACGGAAUGGCAACCCAUUGUGGCUGGACCUGACGAAUGUGACGAAUCAGUCUCGGAUCUUUUGGCAGAAGUGGAAGCCAUGGAGUCCCAAAAACGUCUUCCAUCUCCAACUUCAACAUUCCGUGGUCCUGAAGAAUUAGUAAUCCGGCACUCUAUAAACGAUAGCUUUAGUCCUGCUGAAGGACAUAGCCCAGCACUAGAUGUAAGCAAAGGUGACUCCAUGAGCUCCACAAACGAUCUGCAAAUGCAUUCACGAUCUAACAGCGCCGUGCACUUUUAGCCUGUGGGCUCGGUUCACAAUAGAGAGAAAAAAACAUAAUCAGGGCAGAGGCUACCAUAGAUCAUCCAGUGUCCUAGAUUCGUCUGAUCGAUGGUGGACUAUACCCUCUUUUUCUUUUUGCAGGACUAUUACAGAACAUAAAUAAAUGGCAGAAUCAUCAUCAUCAUCAUCAUCAUCAUCAUCAUCAGCAGAGAGAGUGGUGCAUAUGACGGAAGAUAUAUGAUUCAAAAUGUUUCUUCUCGGUAUUUUUGGCUGCACCACACCACCCACCAUUGUUUUUCUCAGCGUUUAGGUUUUGUAACGUCGUCCUGUGUCAAGAUUUGCACAGACAGACCCAACUUCUGUAUUUUCACAUUGUUUGUACUUAGGAAGAAGUAUAAAGAAUUGUUGUUCAUGGAUGUAAUCAAAAUCAUUGUAGGGAUCAUGAGCUUAUUACUACAGUAUUCUAUAUA